GGCGGCUGCGCAGCAUGAAGGGCGACGCGAUGCGCAUGGACGGCCGCGCCAUCCGCGCCGGACUCCGCGACAACCUUUUCGGCAAGGAGUACCUCGGCGCCGCCUACGCUGGCAACCAGCGCGACGAGUGGGCCUCGUCGCCCGAGGUGCGGACUCCGAGCUACAGCCGCUUCCAGCGCCACGACCUCGUCAAGGUCUACAAGGGCGCGUCGCUCAUGAAGGCGCGCGUGCUGCACGCGUCGGCGACGGACUACUUUGUCCACUACCAAGGCUACGCGAGCGACCACGACGAGUGGGUUCCGCACUACCGCGUGCUCGAGGACAAGGACGGCAGUGUUCUCGACGAGCCGAGUCGCCUUCGCCGCCGGCCCGAGGUCGACGUGCAUGUCCAGCAGCUCCAGAUCGAGAACAAGCGGCUCAAGGACGAACUCGCCAAGACGCAGGCGCUGCUCGCAACGGCCCAUGACAAGUUGGCGGGCGAGUGGAUGCAAGAGUGCUCGCAGUUGCAGCAAAAGUGUCUUGUCGUGAGCGACCACUGCAAGAAGGCCGUCGAGCGCGUCCACGGCGUCCUCGAGGAGAAGCAAAAGGUCAUCGACAGCUGGAACUGCGUCGUGUGCCUCGAGAACCAAGUCAACUGCGCGCUCACGCCGUGCGGUCACACCUUUUGCCUCGGCUGCGCCGUCCAGCUCGACAAGUGCCCCAUCUGCCGGCAGACGUCCGUGGCCCCGCUGCCCAUAUUUAGACCGUAAUUAUGAUGUAUUUUUGUGCAAUCCGA